AUGGGCUCCGCGGUAUCCCUACCCUAUACUCCCUCCCCUCCCGCCAAUGACCUCAUUGUAGUGGGCAGCGGUGCGAGUGGAGUUGCAAUUCUUCUUCAGUUGAUUGAACGAGUCAAGAAUGGGGGUUCCCUUGGAGAAGUCAUCUUCGUGGAAAAGACUGGGCUCCCCGGACCUGGUCUGCCAUACUCGGCCCAAUGUGCGGGCACCAUCCUCAAUAUGCACACAGAUACAAUGGGGUUGUAUCAUGAUAAACCCCUCCAUUUUACCCACUGGCGCACGGACCAAGAAAGUGGGCCCUUCCCUUCUCGGGCGAGAUACGGCCAGUAUCUCCAGGAGACGUGGGCCCAGGCGUUAGAGGACGCUCAGCAGAUCGGACUCCGGGUGUCGGUGAUUCAUGAAGAGGCGCACGACAUUGAUCGACAGACAGACGGCACAAUGGCUGUGAGUCUCCGGAAUGGCACGCAGUUGACGGCGAAGUCGGUCGUCUUGGCGCUGGGCAACUUUACCUCGGUGUGUAACUCACAUCUCAUCAAUCUCCCCGGGUUUUUCCCCGGCCCGUGGCCGACAUCCCAGCUCAAGACUAUCCCGGCCGAUGCCUCUGUCCUCGUUGUCGGGUCCCGGCUGUCUGCUGUCGAUGCGGCCAUCUUCCUCUCGGAACAUGGCCAUCAGGGCCCCAUUACCUUCAUGUCGCGCAGCGGCAGUCUCCCCAAAGUCCAGGGAGAGUCGACGCCGUUCCCUCGCCGCUAUGUCUUGCAUGACCUGGCGAAGCAUGUCGAGGAGAAUUCGGAUGAGAACUUGCUGCAAGUAACAAGCGGCUUGAUGGAGGAGAUCUUCCACGCAACCGGCGGUGACUGGAGCUGGCUCCACAAUGAUGAGUCUCCGGUUAAACAGCUGGAACACGAUAUCCAUGCGGCAAAGAAUGGCAACGUUGAGUGGCAGACAGUGCUGCGAGGCACGGCUCCCGUUAUCGAGCGGUACUGGAACGGUCUACCCGCGAAAAGCCAGCAGCUGUUCAUGGACAAGUUCUUCAGUCCGUGGAUGAGGUACCGCCACGGAAUGCCGAUACAGAACGCUGAGAAGAUCCUCGGCCUCUUGAAGAAAGGACAGCUCCGGGUGGUCCAGGGUGAUCGAGUCCAAUGGGACGGCAUCUUCAAAGCGCAGACCUCCGCCGGGCUACUGGAAACUCCCUAUGUGAUUGAGGCGACCGGGCAGGAAUGCCAACUUGACCGCAUCGAAUCACCACUGAUCCAGUCCGCAGUGGAAAAGGGGCUCCUCAAGCCUCACCCUGCUGGCGGCGUAGCCGUCGACUUCGACACUCUGCGCGCAUCCGAGGGCCUGCAUGUCAUCGGGUGUCUCACCAGAGGUACUCAUUUCUACGUGAGUGCGAUCGACCGCGUCGCUGCCCACGCCGCGCGGGUCGCGGAUGCCGUCACGAAUGAGCCCAUCGCACGUCCCCUCCACAUUGCCAUCUUCCUCGGAAGCGACCUCUUCUCGCACCUCAUGGCCAGUACACUGGUGCCGCAGCUCCUCGCCGCCGGCCACACGCCAUUCAUCUUCCUCCCAGUACACAAGGCGAACCGCAAGGCCACGCCGCCGUUCGAGCUCCGGGAACUAGCAUUCUUCGAGCGCGAGCUACUGCAGAAGCACGUUAUCCCGUUCUUUAAGAACGAGAGGCCGGGCAGUGCAUCCCAUAUGACAGUCGAGCAGAUGAAAGACGCCUAUGGGAUCCUCGUCCAGGAAGUCCCCAACGUCAACAGUGCAUCUUUCAUCAACACUCUCCGAAAGCACCAUAUCGACGUGGGUCUCUCACUGCGCUGCUACCAGCGGUUCAAGACAGAUAUCAUCCGCUACUUCGCCCGGCCCAGACGACUGCUCAACCUGCAUCCGGGCACCCUUCCCGCCUACCGUGGCGUCAUGACCACCGUCCGAGCGAUGAAGAACAAAGAGAAACUUUUCGGGUACUCGCUGCAUGAGAUCGACGAGAACUGGGACGCAGGAGAUCUCAUCGACGUCCGUCACCAUCCGAUCGACUAUUCCAAGUCGAUGUUGCAUUUCAUGAACGACGUGUAUAACCUGGGAGCGAGGAUGGCAGUCGAUGUGUGUGAUACUAUUGCUCGCGGAAAGGAGCUACCCUCGGUUCCACAGAAGCCCGAGGAGAGCAACUACUAUACCUUCCCGACCCUGGAGGACCUGGAGGGCUACCGUAAAGACGGUAUCCGUCUAGUCGAUGCCGAGAGUAUCGUCAACGUCAUCGUGGAGUCGUUUGCGCCGCUGGAGAAGCAGGAGAAGUUCCGGGAGCACAUUGAUGAGGUCGUUCAGGAAUGGUAUGAUAAGAAUAAACCGUGA